GGGUCGCGAUGCUGGACCCGGACCGCGGGCUGUCCCUCACCAUCGCCAGGGUCGUGCAGCGCCUGCAGGGCUCCAGCCUCCACUCACAGCUGGAGCGACAGGCCCGGCUGUAGAAGAGGGAGAUGCUGUAGCAGCUGGUCCUGCUGUUGCUGGAAAAUCUGCAGCACCAUCUGUGUGGUAGUGUCAUGGUUAGCCUACACAAACCAGAAAUUAAGCUGGAAUCACUAAAAGAAGAUAUUAAGGAUUUUCUGAAGACGUCAGGUUGGGAAAAGAAGCUUCAGAAUGCUGUUUAUAGUGAACUCAACGUGUUUCCUCUGCCCUGUCAUCCUGCAGCACCACCUGAGCAUAUUAAAGAACCUUUAGCCUAUAUGAGGAAAGCACAGGGAAGCUGGGAGAAGCGAAUUCUAAAAAGUCUGAACAGCAUGUGCACAGAACUCAGUAUCCCACUAGCUCAGAAGAGGCCUGUAAGUGAACAGAAAGAACUGCUUAGUAAAUGGAAUGAAAUGGGAACUGAUGAGCCAGAUCUAAGUCUCUUCCGGCCUGUUUAUGCACCUAAAGAUUUCCUUGAGGUACUGAUGAAUCUUCGAAACCCAAAUUAUGAAAAUGGAGAACAGCCUAGUUUCAGAAAUCAUCUGGGGCUAAUUCAGGUUCCUCUAAAAGUGAAAGAUAUUUCAGAAUUGAAAGAAGACUUCAGUGAACUAGGCUUAAAUAUAGGACAGCUGGGUAUUGAUGAUUCAGCACAAGUGCCUCCUGAGUUCUUUGAAAAUGAACAUGUACGUGUUGGACAGAAAGUUUUAGCAGAGGAAGAUAGUGCUGCAGCUCAACAAUAUGUUCGACAGGGAUGUCCAACAGCACUCCGAGCUGAUCUGUGGGCCCUCAUUCUUAAUAUUUCUAAUCAACCAGAGGAUAUCUUGUAUUAUGAACAGCUUAAGUCAAAUGUGAUUCAGCAUAACCUUUUAGUGGACAACCUGAUUUACAAAGAUGUAAAGCUGACAGCAAGCAAUGAUGACUACUAUUUUGUAUUUGAAGAUUAUUUGUAUCAGGUAUUACUCUGUUUUUCCCGAGAUACAUCUGUCUUGGAACACUUUACUUACAGUAGUGCCACUCCACCCAAAUCAUACAUACAAGGAAAACUUGGAAUGGAAGAGUAUGCUGUUUUCUAUCCUCCAAAUGGUGUAAUUCCUUUUCAUGGGUUUUCUAUGUAUGUUGCUCCACUUUGUUUUCUGUACCAUGAACCUUCCAAAUUGUAUCAGGUAUUCCGUGAGAUGUAUGUGCGUUUUUUCUUCAGACUCCAUUCCAUCUCUUCUCAUCCCUCUGGCAUUGUAUCAUUGUGUUUGCUUUUUGAGACUCUUCUACAAACCCAUCUGCCCCAGCUCUUUUAUCAUCUCCGAGAAAUUGGGGCUCAGCCGCUACGAAUUUCAUUUAAAUGGAUGGUACGGGCAUUUUCUGGUUAUUUAGCUACAGAUCAGCUCUUGCUUCUGUGGGACAGAAUCCUGGGAUACAAUUCUCUAGAAAUUCUUGCUGUCCUGGCAGCUGCUGUGUUUGCUUUCCGAGCAGUCAACCUGAUGGAGGUGACGUCACUGGCUGCAGCUGAAGCUGUACUUGCUGAUCUUUCAACCCUGAAAGUUAUGCCUCUUCUUCAAAUCUUCUUGUUUGCUACUGUCACUUGAUCUGCUUCAGCAAUACUGGUACCACAUUUCAGUCUUUCAGGAGAAGUUAAGCAUCAACUAUGCAAUGUCUUCAUAAAACCAAAAUUAAACUCUAUAAUAUCAAUUUAGAAAUCAUUACCUUAAAAUUUUCUGACUGAAAACAGUAACUUUGCACACAGUUGUGUGCAGUGCAUGCUAAUGAGUUUCACUGUAACAGCAAUUACUUGUACAUUGAGAGUGACUACUUCUGCAAAUAAACAAUAUGAAUCACUGUCUAAAAUGCAUGUAAUAAUAAAGUAAAUGUAAUUCAUUAUCUGAGUUUUGUGAUGUUAAUUUCAGAGUUGUAAAAUCUCUCUUUUAAUAUGAAAUUACUUUUUCAAGCUCACAGCUUGGAGGAUAGCCACUCAAAUACUGUCACUUGAGAAAAUAAAGAUAUUUAAACUUGCAA